AACUGUCAAUGGCCGCUGUUGAAAAACAAGAAAUAUACAGAGAAACAUAAAAUUGUGAAUUCGCAAUGACAAUUUGUUAAAAAUCACACAAAUUCAGAAAUUUCAGAACAAACAAUCGGGUAUUGGACUGCUAUUGCAAUUUAUUAAUUAAAAUAGUGUGGUUUCAAAGGAUUCGAAAUCGCAAAGAGUAAAGUGAAGCUUUGCUGUGGUACAGAGGCGAUCCGUAGGCCUUAUUUAAACGUUGGAAACAAAUUUGGAUCACCUAUUAGAGAAAUAAUACAUAGAAUCUGUUUUUUACAUUUCUGGGCAAGUUUCGGGCAGUAUUGUUGAUUCAUAAAUAUUUUAAAUCGUUGGAAAUAAUGGAAAUACAACAAUUAGAAAUACUUUGUAAGCAGCUCUAUGAGGCAACCGAUUCAGUAAUACGUUCUGAUGCUGAAAAAGCACUGGUGGCUUUCGUAAGCAGCCAGGAUGCUCUACCUAAAUGUCAAAUGCUUUUAGAGCGUGCAGAUUCAAGCUAUGCGCAGUUGCUGGCAGCCACAACACUUACAAAAUUAAUACAAGGACUUAAUUUGGAACAGCGAAUUGAUAUAAGAAGUUACGUGUUGAACUAUUUGGCUAAUCGACCAAAUUUACAACAUUUCGUUGUUCAAGCACUUGUUACACUUCUGGCUAAGAUUACAAAAUAUGGAUGGUUCGAUAUGUAUAAGAGUGAUUUGAUAUUUCAAAAUCUUUUUGAAGAUGUAAAGAAGUUCCUACAGGGCUCGGUAGAACAUUGUACUAUUGGCGUUCAGAUUUUAUCGCAACUCGUUCUGGAAAUGAAUUCUAUUAUAGAAGUCGAUGUGAAUUUAUCAUUUUCAAAAAAUCGAAAGAUUGCCACUUCAUUCCGUGACCAACAACUUUAUGAUAUUUUUUUAUUGUCCUGUUCAUUAUUAAUUACUGCUCGUGACAACAGCAAAAACCUAAAUUUCAUGGAUGAAUCCCAGCAGGCAUUAAUAUCACACGUACUGCGGCUAACGAAGAAUUGCUUAAGUUUCGAUUUUAUCGGCAGUUCAACAGAUGAGUCGUCCGACGACAUGAAUAGUGUGCAAAUACCCACAUCCUGGCGACCGGCCUUUUUGGAUUCAAACACUUUAAAAUUAUUUUUUGAUCUUUACCAGAUUCUCCCAAAUGGGUUGGCCAGUUAUUCGCUUUCUUGUCUUGUGCAAAUGACUUCCGUGCGCCGUUCUCUCUUUAAUAAUUCAGAGCGAACUAAGUUUCUUACUCAUUUGGUGGAAGGUGUAAAAAAUAUACUCGUGAAUCUGCAUGGACUUAGCGAUCCGGAUAAUUAUCAUGAAUUUUGCCGUCUUUUGGCUCGCCUUAAAUCGAAUUAUCAAUUGGGUGAACUUAUAGCAGUUCCAUGUUAUCCGGAAGCAAUACAGCUAAUUGCAAAGUUUACCGUUCAGUCACUACAGAUGUGGCAAUUUGCCCCAAAUAGUGUGCACUAUUUGCUCACGCUAUGGCAACGAAUGGUCGCCUCUGUGCCGUAUGUUAAAUCCCCUGAACCGCAUUUAUUGGGAACAUACACUCCUGAGGUGACUAAAGCUUAUAUUGAGUCACGUCUUGAUGCAGUUCCAGUUAUUGUACGUGACAAUAUGGAAGAUCCCUUGGAUGAUUUGUGUAUGGUUCAACAACAAUUGGAACAAUUGUCUGUGAUCGAACGUUGUGAAUAUGAUAAAACAUGUACAUUACUUGUGCAACAUUUUGAUCAAAAGGCCCGAGAGUACGAAAACUUGUUGCAAACGCCUAAUGCUAAUCCUAUGGACAUAACGGUACAUGAACUGCAACUCACUUGGUUAGUUUAUAUAAUUGGAUCAGCAAUCGUUGGGCGACUAACCGUUAACUCGAACGAUGAUCAUGACACGAUGGAUGCCGAAUUAGUUAUCAGGGUACUACAAUUAAUGAGCUUAACGGAUGCACGUCUACCACAAGCUGGCUGCGAGAAACUUGAAUUAGCCAUACUAAGUUUUUUGGAACAAGUACGCAAAAUGCAUAUUAGUGAACAAACUCAAAAGGCAAAUGUUUAUAAACGCCUGAGCGAAGUGUUUGGCUUAAAUGACGAACAAAUGCUUUUGAGUUUUAUUAAUCGUAAAAUAAAUUCAGUUUCCACAAAACGGCAAAAAAAUAAAAUGAGGAACAACUCUUCCACACUGUAAAAUCUCGUUGUAUUUUCAAUUGCUACCAGAUUUUUCGUUAUUACACAGUUAUUGCGGGGACAUGGAAAAGUGUCCGGGAUUGCGGGAUUCUGGAUCCCGGGAUUGAAUGCCCUAUUCAUAUUCAUAUUUCAUCUUUAUUCAGUCUAUGAUUUACAAUCUUACAUACAUACAUA